CCAACCUGGACAUUCCAGAAGAGGCCAGGGAGGAUCUGAGAUGGCCUUCUUCAACUUGUAUCUAUUGGGAUAUCAAAAUUCCUUUCGGAACAAGAAAAGGAACGCAACUGAAGAAACAAACCAGAAGGAAUCAGAGCCUACUAGGCUUCCCCCCAUUAUCUCAAAAGAUGGGAAUUAUUCCGUGCACCAGAAUAGCCACACAAGAUACCACGAAGCUGUCCGGAAGGUGUUGUUGAAGACAUUUCCCAAUCAGGUCUUCAGAAUCCCCUUGACUGAUGCUCAGAACUUCAGCUUCUGGCAGUCCCACGAUCCAGGAGUGCAUCCAGAGGAAACCAUGCCAUGGAUCCGGAGCCCACGCCACUGUCUCAUAAAAAGCGCGAUGACCAGGUUUAUGGAUCACUCUAUUCUCAAUGACAGAACCUUCAGUCUGUAUUAAGAAGAUAUGGCUGCAGAAAGACAAGAUGAAUUGUGGCAAGAGUGCAAAGAGGAGGAAAGAAGGAGGUUUCCCAGUUCUGAUGGCUGACUAAUGGGAGGAGGAGACAGAGAAAGCAGAGUAAACAGAUUGGCCUAAAA